GAGACGGAGACGCUAAACAACAGCGGCUCGGAUAGCAGCAGCGGGCGACGAUGGCGGCUCCCUUCUCCUCCACUCAGCUGCGCGUGCCGCGUGGCCUGGCGGGCCUCCUUGAGGGCCUCUGUACGGCGGUGUUGCGCGACCAGCCCCAGGACAUCCUCCCGUACGCCGCUUCCUACUGCGACGCUCUCAUAGCCACCCGCGAAGACACGGGCAGCGACCCCGUGGUGGUGAGUGCCCUGCUGGAGGAUCGCUACUACAACAACCGCACCUUCGCGGCGGCUGAGAAGCGCUAUGCAGGAGAGUUCUACACGAAGCGGUCUCCGCGGGGAGAGCCGCGAGUCGCCACACAUUCGAGCGACGCGGACACGGCCGCCCGCAGCGACUCUGACGACGACGUGAAGCUGGCGUCGUUGCCGUCGCCCCGCCCGCCGCCAGGCUGCGAGCCGCCCGACGCGCCGGGCGAGGCGACCACGGGGGAGGAGGGCGCAGACGACGGCGCCACCGUGGGCGGGCGAGCCGCCUCUCCGUGGGACGGCGCCGUCGCCACCGGCAUCGCAGCGGCGGCUCGUGGCCUUGGGGAGCUGGAGCUGGAGGAGGAGGAGGAGGGGGAGGGGGAGAGGGAAGAGGAGUGCGGCGAUGGAAUCACGGCUUUUGACGAGAUCAUCGCUCAAAGCGUCCAUGGUUACGCGGCUGCGAUGGCGGACGGAGAUUUGGGCGAUGGUGGUGAUGAUGAUGAUGAUGGUGGCGGUGGUAAUGAUGACGACGGCGGUGUCAGAGCGAAAGAUGCUGGUGGCUUUGCGGAAGACGGGGGAGACUUCGAAGGAUUCGUGGAGGAGGAGGAGGAGGAGGAGGGCGAUGGAGGUCUGAGUUCACUUGAAGAGUCGAAGUUUCUGGCGGAGAGCGGGGGUGACGUGGCAAGCGGAGAGCGUGAGGGCGGCACCGGCGAGGGCAUUGAUGUUGAGAACAAGGGUGGCACCUUCAUGCAGAGCAUCGAUGUUGCGGGAAGUAUCGACGUGGAUGAAGAUGAUGUCAUCGCACGAAGCAUCAAUGUCGCGGCAAGCGUAGAUGCGGGCGAAGAUGAUGUCAUCGCACGAAGCGUCGAUGUCGCGGCAAGCGUCGAUGCGGGCGAAGAUGAUGUCAUCGCACGAAGCGUCGAUGUCGCGGCAAGCGUAGAAGCGGGCGAAGAUGAUGUCAUCGCACGAAGCGUCGAUGUCGCGGGAAGCGUCGACGUGGGCGAAGAUGAUGUCAUCGCACGAAGCGUCGAUGUCGCGGGAAGCGUCGACGUGGGCGAAGAUGAUGUCAUCACACAAAGCAUCGAUGUCAGGAGAAGCAUCAGUGCGCGUGAAGAUGAUGUCAUCAAACAAAGUGUCGAUGUCAUGGGAAGCGCCGAAAUGGAUGAAUACGAUGUCAUCACACAAAACAUCGAUGUCACGGGAAGCAUCAGUGCACGUGAAGAUGAUGUCAUCACACAAAGUGUCGAUGUUCCGGAAAGCGUCAGCGUGGAUGAAGGUGACGUCAUCGCACGCAGCGUUGACGCUGCAGAAGAGCCGCGCGACAUGGAGCGGGCAGCUGCGGAUGGCGGCGGAGACGGAGACAGCGACGGAGACGCAGACGGAGACGCAGACGGCGGAGGAGACAAGGAAGAAGAGCGGCGACAGCGAACCCCCGUCGAUGUCACCGCCGUGAUUGCUUCGGCGCGGUCCGAGAUCGGGGAGGCCCAUGCCGCCGCCGCCCUUCCGGCGGAAGACAUCGCGGCCACGUGGCGGGAGGCCGACGAAGGCCCCGUAAGCGGCGCGCGAGGCCACGGCGUCACCGGAGACGCCGGCGAUGGUGACGACGACGACGACGACGCCGCCGCCGGAGCGAGCGAUGGCAUCGACGCCAGAGACGGGGGCGUGAGUCGCGAAGGCUCGCGGGAGUUUCACGAGGGUGGCGAUGGCGGCCGUGGUGAUGUUGACGGCGGUGUCGAUGUUGCCGAUCGUCAGGAGGCGGAAGAGCCCAGUGGCCACGUCUUUGAAGAAUGAGGAGAUUGGGAAGGAUGGCAGGAAGAGCCGCAGAUCGCGACCGGCAAGUUGAGGGCAUUGCCUGACAGGGGAUGGAGAGGUCGCUUUGAGUUUUCCUCUUUCCCGCGGCUCGCUAGUUCCGAGCGAUACCUGAACUCUUCCCCAGGCCCUUUCCGGAGCCGGUGCACGUCCACAAUUCAAGGAAUGUCAUGGAAAAACUUGAUAAUCCACACACAUACGGUUAUAUAUAUUUAAAAGAAUAACCCGAGUUCGUGUCAUCGGAACACUUUGCAAUCCACUUCAGCUCCUCGCUGAGGCUGAGGGUUAUUCUGCUCUACAGGGUACCUUUCCAUCGUAUUGAUCGUAUCUUCUUCUCCACAGGUGAUCCCAUAAUCAAUAUAACAAUCCACCUCACAUCCUUUGCUUUCUUCAUGCGCUUAAUCCGCCGAACUCUAAACCAUCCUUGAAAUACAACGCGAUAAUUGUUGGCAACUUCUCGACAAUAGACACAAUAAUUGUUUGGCUAACUCUAAGAACACUUCUCAGUGACACGCCACUCACUGUGCAACGAGAUUUCGUUCGAUUAUUGAGUUUUUCCCGAGACACACCCCCCACACUACCCCGCCCCUCAACUUUCAGAGGGAGCCUGUGACGUCACAAGUGGCCACGAGGGUAACCUUUUGAGGCGAGUCGGUUGAUGGCCAUUGUCACCAACAACGGUUGCAGUUUUCAAUCGCGAUGAAUUAAAGACGCUCCCAGCGGGGCCGUCUGUAAAUGACGUCACGCACCUAGGUGGUG